AUGGCGGAGUUUGCGGAGCGUGUGGCGGACGCGGUGAUGGCGCAGUACCGCGCGCUGCGCCCCAAGGGGAAGCCCCAGGCGCACGAGUACACGGCGCUCGCCGCCUUCGUCCUCACGCGCUCCCCCGCCCCGCUUGCCGCAGGAGAGCCGCGUGUGGCGGCGUUAGCGACGGGGACCAAGUGCACGGGGGGGGACGCGCGGUCAGCGGCGGGCGACGGGGUGAGCGACUGCCACGCGGAGAUCGUCGCUCGGCGCGCUCUGGUGAAGUGCGUGCGCGCGUGGCAUGCUGCCUGCCCUCUGCGCACUCGCACCCACAUGCUCUCAUGCCCUCGCGUUCCCACAACUCACCCUCUCGCACUCUCUCAUGCUGGGAGGGGGGGUGGCGGUGGGGAGGGGUUGAUUGGGACGGGUGUGCUUGGGGAGGGAGGGAAGAAUGGGGACCUGCGCUGGGGAGAGCGGGGGUUGAUGUUGGGGCGCGCACGCACACAAGGCGAGGAGGGAGUGCGAGACACGGGGCUUGCUGCAGCUAAUAGCGAUAGCGCCGCAGAUGGUGGCGCUGGUGGUGGCGCUGGUGGUGGCGCUGGUGGUGGCGCUGGUGGUGGUGGUGGGAGCAGGAGGAAGGGAAAUCGGGCAUCAGGCGGAAAGGGAGGGGUAGCCUCGGUGAAUGCAGAGGACAACCCAUUCAUGCUGGUGGAGGGGUGUGGUGACGCACACAGUGGUGCAAGCCGCGAGCAGCAGGGGUGUGGGAGCAAGGGGCAGGAGCGUGGAGUGGUGGCGGUGGCAUGGCGACCUGGCUUCCACCUGCACCUCUACUGCUCCCAGCUGCCCUGUGGCGAUGCGUGCAUUGUGGAUGCUGCUGCGCCGCCACCACCACACCACCCAUCAACGUCGCCUCCACUCGCCGCUGCUGCUGGGCCUUCGGCAUCCACUGCUCUCGCGUCUGGUCGCUCUGAGGGGGACCUGGAGGAAGGGAGGCAUGGGCGCAGGGAGGAAGGGAGGCAUGGGCGCAGGGAGGAAGGGAGGCAUGGGCGCAGGGAGGAAGGGAGGCAUGGGCGCAGGGAGGAAGGGAGGCAUGGGCGCAGGGAGGAAGGGAGGCAUGAGCGUUUAGGGUUUAGGGUUUAG